AUGGAAAAACCUCCAGUCCCUCUUCGUGGUGCUCCGCCUCGAGCUCCAAUUGGGGAUCCGCAAGCUACAAAAAACAAGACACCUGGCCUGCAGGAUGCGAAAGCCAUGAAGUUGGAAUUUGAGUUCAAAGUAAAACACUUUGGACUUUUGGGUGUAUUAGCCUGGAUACUAUUCUUGCACGUUGCCGGUAUCUAUUUUUUUACGAAAGGAUUUCUUCUCACGCGCAUGGUACUCGAUAACAAAUCUUCAUGCGAAUUGCUCCCUUUCGACGGCGCUGCGCCUCGGGAACUUGCGUCUUCCGGAACAAAAGAAGGCAAUGGUUGCUGGCACCAGAAGUCUUUUGAUAAGGCCGUUGUGAUUAUCAUCGAUGCUCUCCGGUAUGACUUUACUGUGCCUUUUCUAGCAAAGGAGGGUGAUGAAGAGGCCCAAAUUUUCCAUGACAAUAUGCCCGUUCUCUACGAAACCGCUGUCAAGGAGCCUGCAAACGCCUUCUUGCUGCCCUUCAUUGCUGACCCGCCAACUGCCACCCUGCAGCGUCUGAAAGGGUUGACUACUGGAACCCUGCCUACUUUCAUUGAUGCUGGCUCUAACUUUGCGGGUACAGCUAUUGACGAAGAUAACCUCAUCGCACAGCUGCACAGCUCCGGGAAGACACUCGUUCAACUAGGCGAUGAUACGUGGCAAUCACUUUUCCCCGGCUACUUUGAUGAGAACCUCACACACCCAUACGAUUCGUUCAAUGUGUGGGAUCUGUACACCGUCGACAAUGGGGUCAAUAAGCAUCUAUUCCCCCUUCUCGAGACCGAGAACAAGAGCAAAUGGGAUGUGAUAUUUGGCCAUUACCUUGGAGUUGAUCACGCCGGUCAUCGGUACGGACCAAAUCACCCUGCAAUGGCCGGAAAACUGCGCGAGAUGGAUCGUGUUAUCCGUGAUGUCAUUGCUGCAAUUGACGACGACACCCUGCUGGUUGUGAUGGGGGAUCAUGGAAUGGACAUCAAAGGUGACCACGGCGGCGAAUCAGAUGACGAAGUCGAAGCUGCCCUGUGGAUGUACUCGAAGCGCGGGAUCUUUGGUCGCACCAGCCCGGAGGCUCUGCUUCCACCCAAACACGCCCGCGAAAGACCUGUUCCUCAGAUUGAUAUUGUUCCGACCAUGUCACUGCUUCUUGGCAUGCCAAUCCCCUUCAAUAACCUGGGAUCCCCUAUUGAGGAGGCCUUUGUUGGAUCGGGCGGCAAUGACUGGACCAAUCUGGCUGCUGUCAAUCGUUUGACGGCCGCACAAAUCAAGAGAUAUCAAAAUGCCUAUACUAUGGCGCGUGAUUCUGCGGAUGACGAGGAAUCAUCUGAUUUGUGGACUGCAGCAGAAAAGGAAUGGCAGUCAGUUUCGAAGAGCUUUACUUCAAAGUCAUCUACUGCCCGUGCAAGUUCUAACCUCUAUCGCAAGUACCAGCGACACACCUUGGAUAUCUGCCGCGGCCUUUGGACGCGAUUCGAUGUUCCCAGCAUGGUACAAGGUGUAUUCAUCCUCUUCUGUGGCCUGGCCUUACUGGUUAUCUACGCACGCGGGAUGAAGGCGGAUCGGACUGAUCUGACUGCGCGUCUCUUGUCUCUAGUUGGUAUUGGGGCUGGGUCUGGGGCAGCUGCUGGUGCAGCCCUAAGCUCAGUUAGAAUUGUUGAUUUCUCUGUGGUUGACCUAGCUAUUCUGCUCGCUGCUGGUGGAAGCAUGCUGGGCGGAUCAAUCGCCAUGCUUCGAAAGUCAGCACAAUUGACUGUGCCUCUUCCAAAUGGCAUGUGGGGCUGGCUUGCUCUCUUUGUUACUGUCUCUCAGUCCAUUGGAUUUGCCUCGAACUCCUAUACAAUUUGGGAAGACGAGAUUCUUCUCUUCUUCCUCACCACCUUUCGGCGUACCGUGUCCUUGGUGUCUAUCACUCGAUCAUCUUCGUUCUUCUGGGUAGACUGGCAUCUUUCUCCCGUCUUUGUCGCGAGGAGCAGAUGCCUUUUUUGCCGCUCAACAUACUACUCGUCAGCGACCUCUUCUGUUUCUGCACCUUGGCAAUUGGCCAUCCCUUUCGUUGUUAUGAUCUUUCUUCCUAGCGUGGUGCGGUCCUUCUACGUGGGAUCGAAGUCCUAUGAGGAUAAUGCCACAAUUUGGAUCGGAUUCGCCUUCCGCUUGGGCCUGUUUAUUACCUCGGUCUUCUGGGUUCUCGAAGGCGCGGACGAUGGCGAGUGGCUUCCGCUGAGCAAGGACACUCUGAAAUCUGUCCGAGUAUUCAUGGCUCAACUUGUUCUGGGCCUUGCAUUCGCUGCCGGAACAGCAGCCUAUAUCUAUGCUAAGCCCUGUGUCAGCAUCAGCGUGAGCAAGCCGCAAGAAGACCCGAAUGUCCCUCCUGCUCCCAUGAUCAUGGGUCAAGACCAGAAGCCCCGAACUACUCUGACCAUCCUUGGUUUCGGCAACGUCUACGGCACUCGAUACUUUUUCAUUGUCCUCAACUUCGCUCUUGCCAUCAUCCUCAUGUCCAAGCCAAUGGGCCAAGGCACCAUCGCCCUGCUCGUUUGGCAAAUCCUCUCCCUACUGGAAAUCCUCGACACAAACGGCUUAACCCAAAAGAACUCUUCCAUCGGUCCCACCGUGCUCGGCCUCCUAGGAUCCUUCUACUUCUUCAAAACAGGCCACCAGGCCGUCCCCAGCUCCAUCCAGUGGGAAUCGGCUUUCAUCCCCCUCUCCACAAUCGUGUACCCCUGGACCCCGAUAUUCAUCAUUCUCAACACUUUUGGUGCCCAGAUCCUCGCCGCUCUCGCUGUCCCUCUGACCGUCCUCUGGAAACGGCCUCUUCAGACCCAAGACCGCAUCACCACAACCUCAACCACCAAGUCCGCUAAUCCUGCCACACGGCUCCUUUCUGAUGUCAUCCAAGCGGCUACAACUCACCUCCUCUACCUCGGCACCAUCAAUCUCGCAACUACCAUGUGGGCAGGCCAUCUUCGCCGCCAUCUGAUGCUGUACCGCAUCUUCAGCCCGCGCUUCAUGCUCGGCGCGCUCGCGCUGGCUGUUGUCGAUGUCGUGAUGCUGCUCUUUGCUGUUGCGGGCGUGCGGUGGAGCACUCUCAGUGUAAGCGAGGUCUUCGGCUGGUAA